AUGUCAAAUUCCCGCUUCAGAGAACUAGGCACCUUCCUCUGCUGCGACUGCGAGCAAGACAACGCUAUCGAUUUCAACGAAAACUUGCCGAAUCAAUGUUCAUGCCAACAUGAGCUCUGCGACGAUUGCGGACGUAUCCAGGUUCUUCAUGUAUUGGACAAGAAGUUGUACACAGAUGAGGAUGUUGAGGAAUACUAUGAUGUGAAGAGGGAGGUUUGGUGUCUCAAUUUUGGGAUGGAGGAUGAGGAUGGAGAUGAGGAUGGAGACGAGGAUGGAGACGGGGAUGAAGAUGAGGAUCAAGGGAGAGAGAUCGAUGUGGUAUGAGUGGGAUGC